CCUAGUAGCUGAUUUGAGUGAAUACAAUCAACCACUUAUGUUGAAACAAUAUCUCUUGGAUAGCAGGGUUGAGAGUGGUAGACAGGCAACACAAUGUAGCAUGUUUUCUGCAGCUGAAGCCUCCAGGAUGGCCGGAUCAGGGGCGGCUCUGAGACUGCAUGAGUUCAAGGAGUACCAGGAAAGACAGGACUCUGGCUCGUUUAAAAGACAACCUGGAGCAACACUGAGAGUACCACGUCGGGGGAAGGAUGUGCGAGGUCUGUACCCUGGCCAGCUGGGUAGAAUCCAUGUCGUUCACUCUCAGGAUCACAGCAGAGUGAGGUGCGCAUCCUUGGAUUACUCUCUGGGGCCUUACCGUGACCACUAUGAAGACUACCCGAGGAGUUUCGACCUCCAGACCUUCCAUGCCCUGGACGUUCUCCGCCAGAGCACCAGCGCCUCUCAAUGUUCCCCUGAGACGGCUUACCAAGAGGAAUUUGGCCUGCAGUCCCACCUCUACCCUCCGGAUAACACCAAGUUUACCCUGUACUCUCACCCUGGGCCUAUGCAGCUGCGGUUGAAGACAGAGUGAAAAGGAACAUUUCACAACACCAUGACAAUCAAACUGAACUCAUCCAUUAAAAGUAACCAAUGAAAAUGG